GCUCGUGUGUGUGGGUGUUUCUCACUCUGGCAGGACACACUCCCACGAUAAACACUCCGCUGUCCUCUAGACUUGUUGCUGCUUUAUUUUCCCUCCCCGGUUGUACGGUUUGUUUCCGGGCUCCUGUGGAUAUUCUAACUUUACCGGAGCUGCUUCGUUUGUGUUUUAUUGCCAUUAUUAUUUUUGCCUCUGUUUGGGGUUACGCUGCGUCGCGUGCUGUGGAUUCCACCGGCGAUAACAAGCGAAAGCACCGGGAGACACCGAGCACGAGGAGUGACGGUGUCCGGCCCGCGGGGAGAGGACGAUGGCCCUGAGCGAUGGGAUCGGCGACCCUCUGGCCCUCAGCAACGGUGGGCAGCAUCCUCUCAGCGCCAGCGGACCUUCGAACAUCAGGACAGCGGUCAGUAGUGGCCAGGACCCUCUCACGUGCGACCCUGCCGGUGGCUGUCUGACAGCAGGAGGAGACGCAGCAUCAAAGCUGCAGCAGCCGCGCACUAUUCAGCGAGUGAACAGAGCGAGCCAGAACGGCGGCGUGCUCAAACAGAACGGUUCCCUGAGUCUUCCCCCAGCAUCAGCCGCCUCUUCUUCUCCUGCCGUCGCCGUCAGAAGCCACCUGCCCUCCGCCGCGCCCCCGUCCUCGUCCUCUGCUGCCCUCUGCUGCCAGCACUGUCACUUCCCGUCCGCCGUGUGCUGCCCUUGCGGCCGGCAGGAGUGCCCGCUCUUCCAGAAUCCCGGCUCUGUUCCCUCCCCAGGGACCGGUUCAUCCUGCCCGUGCUGCCGCGCCGCCUGCACGUACCCUCUUCACCAUCAGCAGCGCUGGCAGGAACACCGUCAGAGCCAGACACAAGCACCGGGGAUCAGCCCUUCGAUGCCUUUUCGAUUUCCCAGAAGCUAUGCUGAGCUAAUAGCUGAUUGGCCAGUGGUGGUGCUGGGUGUGUGCACGGUGCUUAUUGUGAUCUGUGCCCUGGUGGGCAUACUUGUGCCUGACCUGCCGGAUUUCUCUGACCCACUGCUCGGCUUCGAGCCACGGGGAACAGCCAUUGGCCAGCGACUAGUCACAUGGAACAAUAUGGUGAAGAACACGGGCUAUAAAGCCACACUGGCCAAUUAUCCAUUCAAAUAUGCAGAUGAGCAGGCCAAAAUUCACCAAGAGCCCAGGCGGCCCAAAGACCACUUUGACAGAGACAAACGGCAAGCUGAGUGGGACUUCAGUAAAGAGUUCUUCUGUGAUGUGCCAGGUGACAGUUAUUCCAGAGUGGUGUUCUCGUCAGCUGAAGGGAAGAACCUGUGGAGUAUUCAGGCCAUCAAAUCCAUGUGCAAUCUGGACAACGCAAGAGUGCGUUCCCACCGGGACUACUGGAAUCUUUGUCAGCGCACCAAUGCUGACUCCUGCUGCCCCAGCUGGACGCUAGGCAACUACAUCGCCGUCCUCAACAACAGGUCAUCCUGCCAGAAGAUUACAGAACGAGAUGUAUCGCACACGCUCAAGAUCCUGCGCUCGUGUGCCAAAUACUAUCACAACGGCACUCUGGGACCCGACUGCUGGGACAUGACCCUGCGGCGGAAAGACCAGCUAAAGUGUGCCAGUGUGCCCCGCAAGUGCACCAAAUACAACGCCAUCUACCAGAUCUUUCACUUUCUGGUCGACAAAGACUUCCUGAGUCCCAAGAGCCUGGAGUACCCUCCGCCUGUGCUCAAGUACAGCAUGCUCUUUUCCCCCACGGAGAAAGGCGAGUCUAUGAUGAACAUUUACCUGGACAAUUUCGAGAACUGGAACGCCUCCGACGGCAUCACCACGGUCACAGGGAUCGAGUUCGGCAUUAAACACGACCUCUUUCAGGACUACCUCCUCACAGACACGGUGUAUCCUGCCAUAGCCAUAGUGAUCGUCCUGCUGGUCAUGUGCGUGUACACGCGGUCAGUUUUCAUCACGCUCAUGACAAUAAUAGCCAUCAUCAGCUCGCUGAUUGUGUCAUACUUUCUCUACCGAAUGGUUUUCAACUUUGAGUUCUUCCCCUUCAUGAACCUCACAGCCCUCAUCAUCCUGGUGGGUAUCGGUGCAGAUGACGCCUUUGUGCUUUGUGACGUGUGGAACUACACGAAGUUCGAUAAGCCUCACGCCGAGCUGGCAGAGACGGUGGGCGUGACCCUUCAACACGCGGCGCUCUCUAUGUUUGUCACCAGCUUCACCACUGCUGCUGCUUUUUACGCCAACUAUGUCAGCAACAUCACUGCCAUCCGCUGCUUCGGAGUCUACGCUGGCACCGCCAUAUUGGUCAACUAUAUUUUAAUGGUGACAUGGCUGCCCGCCGUGGUGGUGCUACAUGAACGCUACCUGCCGAACGUGUUCCUCUGCGCUAAGCCUCAGCACCAGCAGACGGGUUGUUGCACGCAGAUGUUCUGGGCCGGUCUUUGCCAAAAGGCCAACAAAUGCCUCUUCACGGUUUCGGAGGUGUCGAGGAUAUUCUUCGAGAAGGUGCUGCCCUGCAUCGUCAUCAAGCUCCGCUACCUCUGGCUCUUCUGGUUCCUUGCCAUGACCGUGGGCGGGGCCUAUGUGGUUUGUGUAAACCCAAAGAUGAAGCUCCCCUCCUUGGAGCUGGCAGAGUUUCAGGUCUUCAGGUCUUCUCACCCAUUUGAGCGCUAUGAUGCAGAGUACAAAAAGCUUUUCAUGUUUGAGAGAGUCCAUCAUGGCGAGGACCUCCACAUGCCCAUUACCAUCAUCUGGGGGGUGACCCCUGUGGAUAAUGGUGAUCCCCUGAACCCCAAAAACAAAGGAAAGCUGAUGCUGGAUAGCAGUUUCAACAUUGCCAGUCCAGCAUCUCAGGUCUGGAUCCUCAACUUCUGCCAGAAAAUGAGAAACCAGAGCUUUGUCUUUCAGUCCGAAGAGCAGGACUUCACCAGCUGCUUCAUCGAGACGUUCAAACAGUGGAUGGAGAACCAGGACUGCGACGAGGCCUCUGUCUACCCUUGCUGCAGUCAGUCCAUCUUCCCAUACAAACAGGAUGUCUUUGAGUUGUGUAUCAAAAGAGCCAUCAUGGAGCUGGAUCGCAGUACUAACUACCACCUUGACAGCAAGACCCCUGGACCUCGAUUUGACAUCAACGACACCAUCAGAGCCAUUGUUUUAGAGUUCCAGAGCACCUUCCUCUUCACAUUGGCCUAUGAGAAGAUGUACCAGUUCUACCGUGAGGUGGAUGCUUGGAUCGAGGAGGAGCUUCGCUACGCCCCAGCAGGCCUCAGCUACGGCUGGUUUGUGAGCAACCUGGAGUUUUAUGACCUCCAGGACAGCCUGUCAGAUGGGACUCUGAUUGCUAUGGCGCUGUCGGUGGCUGUUGCUUUCAGCGUCAUGCUCCUGACCACCUGGAAUUUCAUCAUCAGCCUGUAUGCCAUCCUGUCCAUUGCUGGGACCAUAUUUGUCACAGUGGGCUCUCUGGUGCUUCUGGGCUGGGAGCUCAACGUCUUGGAGUCUGUGACCAUUUCAGUGGCAGUCGGGCUGUCGGUGGACUUUGCUGUCCACUACGGCGUGGCCUACCGACUUGCCCCAGAGCCGGACCGUGAGGGAAAGGUGAUAUUUUCCCUCAGUCGGAUGGGUUCUGCUAUUGCAAUGGCAGCACUAACCACCUUUGUUGCCGGCGCAAUGAUGAUGCCGUCGACUGUCCUGGCCUACACGCAGCUGGGCAUGUUCAUGAUGCUGAUCAUGUGCAUCAGCUGGGCCUUUGCCACCUUCUUUUUUCAGUGCAUGUGCCGCUGCCUGGGGCCCCAGGGCACCUGUGGCCAGAUACCGCUGCCCAAAAAACUGCAGUGUCAGGCCUUCACCGAAACCACAUCCAGCAGCCCCUCGCCCCAGAGGAAGAGUUCUGGUCUGGCGAAAUACCAGCUGGACAGCAAGGGCGGUGAGGUGGAGCAUUAUGAGCUGGAGCCUUUAGCAUCCAGUCAAAAAACGGAGGAUAAACUGCACGAAGGGCACGAUUCCAGCACUCAGCUUUAUAACAGAGUUCCUCCUCACCACCACGCUGCUCCUUUCUCAAACAUUCAUUACUCGAACACAGAAGAAAGAGGAUCUGGGAAUGGGCACGUAGCCACGCUGAGCACGCCGUGCAGGUGCCAGUACUCGCAAAACACCAGCUGCACAUGUGGGGAUCAUCUGCUUCAGCAGUGGAGCCCACAUUCCUGUGCGCCGGAUUCUCGCUCCUGCCCUCCAACCUCUCAGCUCUUCCCCUUCAGCAAACAAAACGCGAGCCUUUUACCAACAAACCGGGACCCAGCCUACAAACGUGUGGAGUGCAGUAUGCACUACUUCCACUGUCCACUCACUCAUUUCCACCACUGCUCACAGGGGAGAGUGGUGACCCCCAGGCAAGGAGCUCCCCACACCUGUCACCUCAGGAAGCACUGUGUUCACACUGCGGCCCUGCAGGCUGCCGUAGGAGACCAGAGAUCCACGAGCCCAAAGCAGGACGCUGGCCCGGAUCCAGGACCUGGCUCUGAUUCUGAGACUGCUGGAGAGGUCAUAGUUCAUCGGCAUGAAGUGUCAUUACCUGACAGUAGCCAAAAUAUCAGCACCACAGCACAGCCUCAAAGCCCCUCCCCCUCUGCAGGCUCCUUACACAAAAGCUGCCAUGAAUGUGCAACGGACACCAGCCGUCAGACAUUAGCUAAGGCUGUGUAG